GUGUGUUACCUGUCCUGGUUUGGAGUUACAUUUCUCUUGGUCUUAAAUCUGCGUUGGUUCAAACAGACGAGGAAUCUGUGCUGGUCUUCUGUUACAGAGAGAAUGAGACUUGGAUCAGCUGCAGUGUUUCUGAUUCUCCUGAUGAACGUCUCCACAGGUCAAACUCUGACAUGUGGUCCAUACAGUUAUGAGACACCUGAUGGAUGCUGUCCUAUGUGUCCACUUGGAGGUCGAGUUUAUGCAGACUGCACAGAGUCCAGAAGUACUCUCUGUAAGCCCUGCCCUGAUGGAACCUUUAUGGACCAUCUGACUGCCCGUCCAGUCUGCUACAACUGUAAAAGCUGUGAUGAAGGUUCUGGUCUGAAGAUGAAGACGUCGUGUACGAUAGUAUCAGACACAGUUUGUGAACCUCUGGAAGGAUUUUACUGCUCAGACUCUAGAAAGGACGACUGUGUGGAAGCAAGGAAACACAGACGCUGUAAACCAGGAGAAUACAUCACAGAACACGGAACUUCCUCCACAGACACCGUGUGCUCGACCUGCUCUGAUGGAACAUUUUCAAACGGGAUGUUUUCAUCUUGUCAGAAACACACACAAUGUGAAUCAAAGGGUCGAGAGCUGCUGAGAGCAGGAACUGAGACAGAGGACGCUCAGUGUGGAGGACUACUGUUAUACAGGACUGUACUGAUUAUCUUUGUUGUUGUUGUUGUGAUUCUUCUGAUGUUUUUAGUCUUUGUACUUGGAGGGUGUUUACUCAGAUGGAGGAUUAGACAUCAAAACUCAGGUAAGGUUUCCACUGUGACAAUGAAAUAUGAUCAUGUUUAUUUUAUAGAUAUUAUGGUCUGUCUCAUCAUUUAUUUGAUUUUUAUUUCUAAUGUUUUAUUCCAGAAGUCACAGUAGCAGGACUCUACUACAUGAUAUGUUUUAAACUCUCUUUAAUCUCAAUCUGUUUUAUGUUCAAUGAUUUAAUAAAGUCUCUCUUAUUAAUGUUUCCUGUACAGAAAGGUGUGAAUUCAGGACAAUCAUCUCAGGAGAAUCUGAUAUCAUAUGACUCCAAAGAGUCGAAGGGUGAGACGGUUCAGAUUUAACUCCUGCAGAGUAAAUCAUCUCUAGGAUCCUGUUCUGGACCAGCUGCUGGAUCCUGACACACUUUGUUGAUAUCUGUUUAUAUGUAUAUAUGUGUUUAUAUGUAUAUAUGUGUUUAUAUUUAUAUCUGUUUUUAUAUCUGGUCCAGUUUUGUUUUUCUGAGACGAUGAUUAGACACAAACACUUUCAUCAGCGUUCCAUCGGCUCUCUCACCAUCAAGUUUCUCUUGCAUUUCUUGUUACUAUUGUCAAAAGGAAUGAAUAAAAAGAUUUGACUAAAUCAAA